GGAAGGACUCCUCUAACCGGACUUUCCUCUCUAGUUUGCACAGAACAGGAGGAAGUUUAACUUGGGCACUUCACCUCUGCGCUGAAAAACGCUCACAGGAAAACAACCCGAGGAACCUACGCGGGUUUUCAGCGACUUAUUCGCUUAGAGAAACUUCCAACUUUCUGUUGUUGUGUUUGUUUUUCUGUCGGGUUUGUUGGGGGUCUAAGCUGAUCCGCUUCGCCGAUUCAUCAAGAUGUCUGUCCAGUCGAGCCAGAAGACGACGACGACCUACCGGACCGUGAAAGUGGCCUCUCCUGAGCCGGUGACCAGCAGGGUAAUCUCGGCCGAGUCGGGGUCUCCGCUGCCGUACGCGCUGAACGGCUCCUAUGAGACGGUGCGGUACCUGGUCCCGGUGCAGCAGGGAAUGCAGCAGCAGCAGUCCUACAUCCCGGUGCAGCAACAGCAGUCCUACAUCCCGGUACAACAGUCCAUGCAGCAGCAAUACUACCUUAUACAGCAGCCUGUUGUGCAGCAGCCUGUGAUGCAGCAGAUGGUGUCCCCGGUGUACCUGCAGAGUCUGCAGCACCUGAGCGUCAGCAGCCAGGAGUCCGACAUGAUGUACCAGCAGCAGAGCGCCAUGGAGAGCAUCAGCACACAGUCUUCAGUAUUCAGCCAGUCGUCCAGUCCCAUGAAGAGUCCUGAACCAAGUGUUGAGGAGGAGGAGGAAGAGGAAGUGGAGGAGGAAGAAGAAGAAGAGGAGGAGCGAGUGGAGGUGGAAGAGGUGGAGAUUGUAAACAUCAUACGGCAGAAGCCGCAGCCGGUGAUAGAGAAGAUCUCCAAGACAGAGGUGAAAACUGAGCUGAAGGAAGUGCCCCAGCCCACGAAGCUGGACGUACGUUACUUUGGCGAGCUGCUGGCCGAUGUCUACAGGAAGAACUGUGACAUCCACUCCUGCAUCUCUGAGCACGUGUCCAAGAUCCGUGGAAAGAAACACCAGCUGGAUCCCAGCAAUGAUUACAAGGUAGAGAAAGAGGAGGUGGAGGCUUUGCUUCCCAAAGGAGCCACUGAACUGACCAAACAACAAAUUCGCUACCUGCUGCAGACUCGUCUCACUGCAGAUAAGACCAUGCGCCUACUGCUGUCCACCUUCAGCAGUCUGAGAGAGGAGCUCCUCCACAUGUCAGAAGACCUGCGGCGCCUGGAGAGCGAGAAGGAGACUUUGGAGAGAGAUCUGAGUUUCAAAAUAGACCAGGCUCGGCAGUAUGACAGCCUCCUGGAGGCCGUUCGGGAGAACAACAGACAGCUCCAGCUGUCUCUGAAGGAAACCGCCGCCGCCCAGCGUUCCCUGGAGAGCCAGCUCAUGAGCAGCCGAAGCACCGAGUCGAACCGCGACUUCAAGAUUAAAGAGGUGGAGGGACGGAUGAGGGUGCUGGAGAAGGAGAAUGAGAUGCUCCGACAGAAGCUGGCAGGCCAAGGCAGCAGCUCCACCCUGCAUAUCAAGACAGAGGAGUUGUCACGUCAGUACAAGGAGCAGCUCAACUCCAUGAGGGAACAAAAAGACCAGGAGAUACAGAGGCUGCGGUCGCAGAUAACGACGAUCCAGACCGAGGUCAGCAGCAGCUCCAAGUCGUCCUCAGAUAAGAGUCUCCAGCUGAAAAUCUCAGAGCUGCUCGCCAUGUUGGAUCAGCGACAGACCACCAUCACCCGACAGGAAGAGGAGAUCAGAAAGCUGAUGCAGGAGAAGAACAACAGCUCCAAGAACGUAACCAAGACCAUCAUCACCAAGAGGUACAGGAACCAGUACCCUCUGCUUGGUCUGCUGGGCGACGACUACCAGAUGACAUCACCCGUCAAAGAAGCCAAGACCAUCGUGAUCGAGAGAACUGGAGAGAUGAUCAAACAGGAAAUCAUUACAACCCCUUAAAGACACACUGCUUCUCUCCGACAGGAAUGAUUGAACGUCGAGAAGACCCAGACAUCACCCCCCUACCCUGCAUGCUCCUCCCCCUCCCCUCCCUCAUCCUCAAGGCUCCCAGGGUUGGUGGUGGUUGAAAUCCCCCUUCCCCCUCUAAAUUUGGGGUCAUUGGUUCAAAUCUUUGGUUUUACCAAAUUGGGCUUGUCUGGGUUGACUGUUUUAUUUGGGCUUUUUGUGACAAGGGAACAAAUAAUCCAAAUCUUUUCAGUGUAUGCUACAGCCAUUUGGUUGUGCCAAAAGCAAUCAUGACAACUGGGUACUGGACACGAUUUGAGCUGAACAGAGGAACGUUUUGUUUAAAAAUCUGAGCUGAGGUGACGUCCUGUUUGGCACACUUCCUCUCCUUUUUUACCUUCAUAAGUGUAUUCUGCUUGCUGAAGUAAAAGGUUUACAGUUGAAAACGUCUCAAGUAAAACAUUUGAGAUUGUUUAAAAUAAAAAGUCUUUGGUACUCUGACAUAUGCACUUCUAAAUUUAGCAUUUACAGUAAUCUCUCAAUCUGACUCUGAACAUUAACACUGUGACAUGGCAUACAAUAUUUCCAUGUUGACAAUUUUUUUGUAAGCUAAUUAUUUGCACUCUGCAGUAGGGUUGGUAAAUCACAAAAUUGAAUCACAAAACGUGAUUCUGCCAUAUACUGCAAGACAGUCAUCUGUGAUAUGAAAUUAAAAACAUCUGUAAAAUGGCAGACUACAUGUGAAAAAUCUAUUCGCUGCCUGUAUGAGGAGCUUUCAAUGUCAUAGACUUGUAUGAACAACUAUGAUAAACCACAUGAGGCACAAACAAAAGCAAAACAGUUCAGGGUUAAACACCCUGGAGUAAAAGACAGUCACAGUUCUCAAUAUCACAGGAGAUUGUAUUGUGAUAUAUUGCUAUCUUGAAAAACAAAAAAAAAGGGUACUAACUAUUAUCAUUUGGUGUAUUAACUCUACUAAACGAGUGCCGCCUCAGCUUCCAGUUGUCACUGAUGGACAUUUGGACAAGCCUGGUGCCAUCAAGCAUGUAGCAUGGGAUUCACCUCAAAGCCACCACAGCCAUGCUAGCCUGGGGGACAAGGAGGUGGAUGUGUUAUUAUGAUUGCAACUGUGCAUGUAAAUAUUUCUAGAUAGAUAUAUAUAAAUAUAUUUUUAAGAUGGGCACGCUCAGUGAAUGUUUUCUCUGGUGUGACUGUAGAGCAGCCCUUCUUCAGUAUGUUUUUGAUUAACAAUUGAAAAAUGUUUUGAUUGGGUAGCUUGCUUUGCUUUUGUUUUGUGCUAAAUGGAAGAUUUUAUCUGUCUCCAUUGUGGAAGUCCAUCUUUAAAUGCUUUUAAUUUUGAGGUUUGUAAGUCUUGUUUGACUCAGAAGUGCAUGGGUAUCUGCUGUUCAUAUGUAGCUUUGAUGUGUGUAUAUUGACAGCGUGACCUGGGUCGUGGACUGUGUGAUGUCUCAAAUUCAUAAGAGGACUCCCAUGGGUGUAAUGCAUUGCUGUGUGGGGGGGGUGGGGUUAGGAGGUGGAUGGCUGGAUGUAUGGAACUGGAGCAUGAUUAUAUGGUGUUUUAUGAUGGUGGAAGAAAAUUUUAAAGCACAAUAUUUUUUUAUAAUUAUAACUGUUUUCUGGUUGUCUCUGUUCAGGUUGAUGGUUUUGUGUCCACUGGGUGCUCGUCCUUAAGGCGUUGCGGCCUGUUUCACUGAUCCGUAGCUUGAUUGUUGUUCAGGGUAGAAAGUUUACAGAAGCCAUUACACUGAAGCAAACUGACUUUACACUAAGGCUCUUUAUUUAUUGUUGCUUCUCGGAGCCAAAAAAAUCUUUUUCAACUGGUUGAAUGCAAAGAAACAUUACAGACCAAUGUUUUCACAUUCAUGUUGCCAAUAAAACAAGCAUUUAUCUGUGGUUUGUCUCCAAAACAGCUUUAUCCACAUCAUAUACAUAAUGAAGUAGUAACAGCUGCAGAUGUACAGGACAUGUCGUAAUGGUGAUGAACACACGUAGUGAAACCAUAACUUCUCACACAGCAUUUCUCUCUCUAGGAACAGAUUUCCUUCUAUUCAGAAUAAGCUAUUGUAGUUCAUCAGUUCAGUAGUGCCCUGCCAUUUAGGUGACACAAACUGUGCUGUUUCGUUUUUCCACCUCCACCGCCUGGAGGUUUUUGGCAUGUGUAUUAUGCCUAAAGCUCUUGCAUGACUUUACUGCUAACAGGGAGUUUGAAAUUGUUCAGGGAAAUAGUUUCUAUUUGUACAACAGAUAAAUGUACGAUACCUGGUUUAACAGGCUGCAGCACCAUUUUAAAACAUGUUUAGGGAGAAACUUUUUACAUCUGAUUAAUAAUACUGACAGAAAAGAGCGCCUCAGUGGACACCAAGCAGAAUUUUUGUAGGAAUCCUUUAAAAAUAUGUUGACUAUCAUGAUGGACCAGCGUCACUGUUUGGUUCACAAAAUAUCUUUAUCAUCUGGUCAGUUGGUCAAGACAGCUUUGGCAGCAUCGGACCAGUAGUGACUCUUUGGUUGCCUUAGGCAGGAUUUGGUCUCACAGAUGGCAAGCAAAUUAAGGACUUUCCUAUCUUUGCCAGCAGAGAAUACAUUGUAUGCCGAGCUAAAUUAACUGGUUGCAGCUAAUCUGCAAAUUGAUGUCUAAAUAUAUUUUCGUAUGCAAACGGUUUUCUUUAUUUUCCAGUUCAGGAGGAUUUGGGCUGCUAGCAGGGCUACACUGCCUCAGUCCUCUCCACUGAGAAAUGCUGUGAUAGAUUGUGAUUAAAAUCAGUAAUGUAUCAUUGCAAAAGUGCUCGUUUUGUGUUUUACUUAACAUAUACUGUGAAAGCAUGAUAAAAACUGUAUUGAUCAACACAAUCACAUAAUCAAUAUGGUCAUGUUAAAGGGUCGGUUCACCGAAAUUAAUUUUUAAAAAAUGCACUAAACAGGACUAAACUUCCCUCCUUUACUUUUGUUUUUCAGUUUUCUGUCCAUUUUCUUUUUAUUCUACAAAAUAAUGUAAACUCAAAAGGUCCGCUAACUAGCUUUCAGAGAUUAAGUUCACCUCACCUGAGCCAGCUCCAUUUGCUGAAUGAAGACCUAUCUCCUCUCCUCCCCUCUUUCCCCCCCUUUUCAGCGUCCCUGUGUAACACUAUACUCUUAAAGAGUCAACAUUAUUUUGAGGGAGGUCAGGCAUCAGCAAGGUGGCGGGGAGUUUUUAAGAGUUGGUGAUUGAACAGUGGAAAUGACUAAAACAAGAUGGUUUGGUUUGUUUCUGUCAACAAUUAGCUUGGUGAAAGAGAGAAACUUUGAAGAGAAAAAAGGAAAAUAGGUGUAAGACUAUGUCCUUUCUUGAUAUUUUGUUUAUUUUGCUUAUUUAUGAGACUAAAAAAAAGCAAAGAGAGCUUGUUUAAUGUAGCGAACUCGCUGCUUGCACAACUACGGGGGGAGGCCUGAGAUAUUGGUAUCACCUCUCAAGGCACAAGUGGUAUAACAACACAGGAUGGGCUAGCUGGUUAGCAUGCCAACUUCGGUAGAUCUCUGUAACACAGUACAUAGACAUAUUUGACCUAAUGUCAGAACUGUUGCUUCUUCAUAUUCUGUUGAAAAUGUUAUUUUGAAUGUUUUAAACUAAUAUUCUGGCUGCAUCUUACACAUUAUGCCUUUAAAAACUCAAAUUUAAUGACAAUGUAACUGCUGGAUGUAUAAAUAAACAACUGCUUGCAUUUAUAA